GAUGAUGUCACGCAGUACCCGGAUAGACAAUAUAAAGUAACGAGCAGGCCUGUCAGCUUCCCUUUCCCGAAGAACUGUAGUGAAGUGUCGUUGCGCGCUUCCUGACUCACCGCUGUUCGUUUUUCUGCCUUUGCUACGAAUAAGUCGGUCAGGAAUCAGUGACCAUGGCAUUCAAAGACACUGGUAAAGCUCCUGUUGAGGCCGAGGUGGCCAUUCACCGGAUCCGCAUCACCCUGACCAGCCGCAAUGUCAAAUCCCUGGAAAAGGUGUGUGCUGAUUUGAUCCGUGGUGCCAAGGAGAAGAGCUUGAAGGUGAAGGGACCCGUGCGCAUGCCCACUAAGACUCUGCGUAUCACAACCCGUAAGACACCUUGUGGUGAAGGAUCUAAGACCUGGGACCGAUUCCAAAUGAGGAUUCACAAACGUCUCAUUGACCUUCACAGCCCUUCUGAGAUCGUCAAGCAGAUCACCAGCAUCAGCAUUGAGCCUGGUGUCGAGGUGGAGGUCACUAUCGCUGAUGCAUAAACUCUGUCUGCCAGAAUUUGCUACUCUGUCAUUGCCAUCAGUGCAAUAAAAUUGAGAGAUUUUUUUUGGA